GCUGGAAGAGGAGGAGUUUCUCUCUUUUCUUCCCCCUCAAUCUGAGUCUGCAGGGGUUAAGAAUAUGAACUGGCCCUUGUCCUCCCCCCCAGGCGCUGAUUUCUCUUUUACAUUCAGUUUCCCGUGCCGUCACCUGCCUGCCAAGCUGCUGCUCUGAUGGGCGCGGCUGGGACCAGAGCCCAAAAUCUGUGUUUUGACUCGCCUGGGAAAGUUUAGUGAAAAAGAGACAAAAGAAGAGAGAGGAGUUUUGGGAACAUCUCCGCUCGCUGUGCGCGUCAGCUCUUCACUGACGCAUUGUUCUUCCACUGGAUAAGACGCUGCGGCCCCAGAGGAAUCUGAUCAAGCUGUCUGCUUGAAGAUAAGAUGGGAUGGACGAUUUAACAAGGCAGAUGGAGAUUUCAGGAGAGAAGGUUUUGACAGAAACCGUAACCUCCACAAGCAGGCUGACUUCUCUCCCACCCAAGGGAACCAGUGGAUCAAAUCACAGGAAUAUGUCCAGUGGUGCUGGAGGGCUGGGCUUUGAGAAGAAUGUCUUAACGCAGAACAGCAGUGGAACCUACUUCUCUUCAUCCUCUGUAGGUGUGACAAGUAACUACAGCUCCUCCUCAGGGAUCUACCUUGGAGGAGACUCCUCAGGUGGAGGCGAGGGAGGUGGGAGCUACAUAGAUGGAGAGGGUUAUGGGAGUGGAGGAGGUGGAGGAAGAGGGGAAGGAGGCAGUGGAAGCACUUAUCUUGUGAGCUCCGUGUCGAAGGUCAGGUCCAGCUCAUCAGGCGGUGCCAGGAGAGCUCAGACUGCUGGGUCAUCAGUUGGGCUCUCACCAGGUUUCCGCGAGAGGAAGACCAUAUCCAGCCGCUCGGGAGGUUAUGAUGGGAGUUCCAGUGCCAAUUCUUCACCAGAAUUUCCACGCAAAGACUAUGGGAACUACUGCUCCGGUGCCACAAGAGGGAGGAGCGAAAGCAGAGAGAGUGAAAUCAGAGCCAGGUUACAAAGUGCCUCCCCAUCUGCCGGAAGAUGGGCUGAGCUGGAAGACGUGAAGAAGCUGCUGAAGGGACGCUCCAGCAGCGUCAGUCCUACCCGCUCCUCCAGCGCCUCCAUCACGCUGCCAGUACCGAAAAAAGCCAGUGCGGAGAGCAAGACCCUCUCAGUGGCCACUCAGUCGGUUUCAACUUUAUUUGAACCUGGUGUUCAAUCAAGUGGCUUCAACACCAUCGAUGUGUCAGGCCUCUAUGACGGCAGACUGACAUCCAGGCAGCGUGAUACUGGCGUCCAAACAGGCCAACAUGCUGUCACUGUAAAAUCUUGCCACUGCGACGCUGGAGUCAAAUCCAGCCAGUAUGACGUCAGCUUGGGUGCAGCUCAGUAUGAUACUGGUCUGAAGUCAAGCCAGUAUGUUGUUUGUCUGAGUUCAGCUCAGUACGAUACUGGUGUGAAGUCGGGAGGAUAUGACAUGAGCCUGAAAUCAGGGAGAUAUGAUACUGGAUUUAAAUCUAGCCAGUAUGACACCAUUGGGAGAUCAGGCCAGUACGACACCCUGGAUUCAGCCUUUCCCACAUUCUCUUGGUCCACCACCACCCUGCCCUCCUCAGCCACUGCCGUCUUAGCUGGAAACUCUGGCAGUUACACCUACCAGCUCGGCCAGGUCAGCACCAAUAACAUGUCAGGAGGCUCGCCGCCUAUCAGCCCCGCCCCAGCACCAUCUCUAUCAGUUUAUGGCUUUCAGAAUAACCUGGCUCCCACCUCUGCUGCUGUGCUCUCCACCAAUGCCGUCAACGUUUCUUCUAGCAUGGGAGGUUAUGGCGUCCAGAAGAAUGUGUCAAAUGGUGGUGCUGCCAUCAGCUCAGGGUUCUCUACAGCUACAAGGUCCCAAACAGAUGAUGCCUACAAGAGAGAUUAUAAAUAUACUGUCUCUGAAAAGGGGAACGUUCCAGCCAGGAGGGAGGGGGAAAUGCUCAUCCUGGCAAAAGACAGCGGGAAACAGUUUACCACCAGCAGCAGUGCUCAGGUUGGAGGAGGUUCACUGUCAGGCGACUCCUUAAAGAAGGAGAAGCUUAUUUCCAGCUACAUCGACACAGGAACCAUGAAAACAGAUGCAGGCAACUCGUACUAUGGAUCAUCUGGAGUCCUAAUGAAAGACAAGGCGACAUAUGCAGAGAUUCAUAGGGACAGCGGCGUCUUUGGAGGAGGAGGAUUCUGCUGUUGCUCUGACUCCUGCUGCUCCUGGUGGAAGUGGCUGCUGGGUUUGCUGCUCCUCUGUCUGCUCCUACUCGGGCUCCUGUUUGGCCUCAUUGCACUGGCUGAGGACAUGAGGAGGCUCAAGAAACGGGUGGCAGAUCUGGAGACCAAGGCCUUGUUCACCGGCGCUGAGUCUAGUCGGCUGAUUGGUGGAGGUGGAGGAACAGGCUCCGACAAGACCUUCAUUCUGGGAGGUGGAGGUGGAGGCACUGGCUCUGAUAAAACCGUCAUUUUUGGAGGUGGUGCAGGAGGUGGAGGAACAGGCUCUGAUAAAACCAUCAUUUUUGGAGGUGGAGCAGGAGGUGGAGGAACAGGCUCUGAUAAAACCAUCAUUUUUGGAGGUGGAGCAGGAGGUGGAGGAACAGGCUCUGAUAAAACCAUCAUUUUUGGAGGUGGUGCAGGAGGUGGAGGAACAGGCUCUGAUAAAACCAUAAUUUUUGGAGGUGGUGCAGGAGGUGGAGGAACAGGCUCUGAUAAAACCAUUGUUGGAGAGGGAGGUGGAGGCAAAAUCUCUGCUGCUGGGGCCGGUACGGGCAGCACUGGUGCCUCUUUUAAUGGGAGCGCCAGCAGUGAUGGUAAUGGUUUCAACACUGGCACCGGUGUUUGGAACGGCGUUGGGACUGCUGUGAGUGGAGCAUACAUUGACAACGUCCUUCAGACAACCAUCUAUAGAAUGUUAAGAUCUGAAAUGCAGUCGCAGACCUUCAAAGCCUUUUUAGCAACCUCAGUGCAGGGAGAGAGGGGGUUACCUGGACCCAAAGGCGACCCUGGAUUGAAAGGAGAAGCUGGCGUCCCUGGACUUCCAGGUGUUCCAGGUCUGAUAGGACACACUGGCCCUGAGGGCCCUAAAGGACAGAAAGGAAGUCAAGGUGAGCAUGGAGUAGAUGGACCACAAGGUAUUAGGGGCCGCGACGGACCACCUGGACCUAGAGGCGACAUGGGACCUCCAGGCUUUGGACAGAAAGGAGAUAAAGGGGCUCAAGGUGAACCUGGUUCUGUUGGACCUGCUGGGCCUCCUGGAUCAAAAGGUCCACAAGGAAUCCAAGGGUUACCUGGCCCACCUGGUCAACCAGGUGCUCAGGGCUUCCGCGGUGAAGCAGGACUACCUGGACAAAAAGGGGAUAGAGGGCUCGCUGGAUUUCAAGGACUUAAAGGUGAACCUGGUGAAAGGGGAGUCAGAGGUCUGCAAGGUGAACGUGGUUUACCAGGUCUCCAAGGACCUGCAGGAGAGAAAGGCUCCAAAGGAUCAAUGGGACUUUCUGGACAAGAUGGUCAAAAAGGAUCAAGAGGAGACCAAGGGCCUCCUGGACUCAGGGGUGCUGCUGGGCCUCCUGGAGAUGCUGGACCUGCAGGACCACCAGGACUUCAAGGAGCACCAGGCAUCCCAGGAAAUCCUGGUCAACCAGGAAUCAAAGGUGAAACCGGCCAACCAGGACGAAUCAUCAAUGCAGCUGGUUCAACAUCCAUUGGCAUCCCAGGACCACCUGGACCUGCUGGUCCCCCUGGUCCUGCAGGUCCUCCAGGACUAUCAGGUCCGAUUGGCCCUGCUGGUCUACCUGGUCAACCUGGUCCUAAAGGUGACAGAGGAGAGAUGGGAAUAACAGCAAGAACCAGCGAAACUGUACAUUUAUCAACAACAGGCAGUAAAUCAUUUUUUUUUUUUGCUUUAGGUCGGUACACCAAUGGAGGAAACACACAUGGCCCACCAGGUCCACCUGGGCCUCCUGGACCUCCUGGACGUCCAGGCGACUCAAGACAAGGACCUCCUGGACCUCUAGGACCCCCAGGAGAGCCAGGUUAUGGAAGACCAGGACCUAAAGGAGAAAAGGGAGAUGCAGGCUCUUCAUCAAGCUCAGGAACAUAUUAUCGUGGACCACCAGGACCUCCUGGGACACCUGGUCUUAAAGGAGAAACAGGUUCUCCGGGACCCCGUGGAUACACAGGUGAACCAGGCCCACCAGGUAGACCCGGAAGCUCUACUGGUUUUGCAGGAAAUGUGAUCCCUGGACCCACAGGUCCACCAGGACCUCCUGGAGUCCCAGGAUUACCUGGAGUGAAAGGAGACACUGGAGCUCCGGGAAUACCAGGCUCAGUGACAGUCACCUCCAGCCGUUCUGGUCCCCCAGGUCCUCCUGGUCCUCCUGGCCCACCAGGCAAUUUUGGCGACUCCACAGAGAUGCGGCAGUACAUUUCAGACUAUCUGAGUAGAUACAGACUGAGUGGUAUGUCGGGCCCUCCAGGUCCCCCUGGGCCCCCAGGCCCUCCAGGCCCCUUAACAGGAACCAUACAGGACAUCUCUACUCGUGUCAUUGCAUACCUGCGACGUUCAGAUUCUGGCUUCAGCUUUGGAGUUCAGGGACCUCCAGGACCACCUGGUCCUCCCGGACCUGGCUCUGGAUCCCUAACUGUCAAUGCUCUCAUCACCAUGCUUCAGAGAGAUGAUGUGAGAAGGUAUUUGUCAGGACCUCCGGGGCCACAAGGACCGCCUGGACCACCGGGGGCCUCAGGCGAACUUACAGGCAAUUACAGAAUGGAGGAGAUAGCCAUGUAUGUCUUCAAUAUCAUGAAUGAGAGGGGGAUUGCAAGAGGUCCACAAGGUCCCCCGGGUCCUCCUGGAGCUCCAGGUAUAGGAGGCUCUGGCAUCAACACUGCUAUGAUUGACUACUCCGAACUCAUCCGCAAUGCAGAUUUCCGCUCCUGGAUGGCUUCUGUUAUGCGGCAGGGUCCGCCCGGUCCACCGGGUAGGCCAGGGCUGCCAGGUCCUGCUGGUCCUCAGGGGCCUCCAGGGGUCUCCACAUCCACUGUCUAUGGGUCGGGCAGUCGUGGCUACAGCCUAGAGGAGAUUCAACGCUACCUGCAGGGUUCUGGGUUCCGAGGUCUUCCUGGCCCCCCUGGUCCUCCAGGUCCCCAGGGACCACAGGGACCAUCAGGCGCUCUCACUCGAUCAGUGUCCUACAGUGAAAACCUCCCUCGGGAAACCAUCCGUGCUGAAAUUCAGCAGUAUCUGAACAGUGACAGUGUUCGGCGGACUAUUGUCGGACCUCCGGGUCCUCAAGGUCCAAAGGGUCAGAAGGGGGAACGUGGAGAACCUGGCUACUCCCAGAGCUUCAUACAGACCCAGAGUUACCCACAGGGCGACGCUCGCUACAGCUCCCAGCAAUUUGAUGUCAACAAGCUCACCGAGUCCCUCGAUUAUUCCAGCGUUGCGAUGAAAGUUACAGACUACAUAAAGAAUCAAGGCCUGCUGCAGCGGUACAUCUCUGACGGUCCUUGGAGGACAAAUGUCCGAGCUAUUCAAGGGCCUCCAGGUCCCCCUGGCCCUCCGGGACCUCCUGGUACUAGCCGCGUGAUUGGGGCAUACGGAAAUGUCACUGCUGACCUGAUGGACUUCUUCAGGAGACAUGGCACUAUUCCCGGACCCCCAGGAAGCCCAGGACCAAAGGGAGAGAGGGGGUACCCAGGACCCAAAGGAGACACGGGUGAUGCAGGACCUCCAGGUCUACCUGGAAUCCCAGCACCCUACACUGUCCAAAUACCACACAAAGUGCAAAGGCGGGAAGCAGGUGAUAAACCUUCAGUUCGUCAAAGACGUCACCGGCGCCAAGCCACUGGUGGCUGAGGGGUGUCCUGCUGCAAUGUUCCAACUCAGCUCUUGUUUUUUUUUUUUUUUUUCUGUUUAAUAUUAGUGGUUUAACUGUAAAAAAUGUGCUCUUUAUUUUUGAAGCAAAGGUUGGUUUUGGGGAAAUAAAAAUGCAUGUGGUCCUUUAUAAAUGCUUCUCAUAGAUGUGUUGGCCUGAGGUUUUAAAAGGCACAGGCUGCAAUGCUUAACUUGCGGGUGUAAAAUGUUUACUUUGCUUAGUUAGAAGAUGUUUUCCCCUUUUUUGGGGAGCAGCAGUUUUUAAUGUCAAAUGCGAGCAUCUGCCUCUACUUUUUAUAUCUGCUAUAGUUUGGGGGAUUAUAUGUAUCUAUGGACUAUAGAAGUUUUUAAAAGCAUUUAUUACACAUUCAACCAAUAAUAAUAUUCAAAACAAUCAAGCCUUUAAAAGAAUAGCAAAGCUUCAUGUUGACUUUUAUCAGUCUCAAUCAAAGUGAGUCAUUUACUUGCAAAGGUUUUGUUGGUAUAAAGAAGACAAAUAUAAUUACAGAGAUGGACUCAGAUGAUCGGAAAGACACGACUGGUUUAAUUGUAUAUUUUGUGUUUAAGCACUGAAUUUGAUAUUUUACUUGCCUUUAAGUGUUGGAGAGAAUAAAUUAUAAACAUGGUUGAACCUUUUCGAUCACUUUAUUUGAUAAGCCGAAAAAUAAAUGUAUUUUUGGAUUUGA